GACCUCAGUCAGUCCCUACUGAGAUGUGUCUAUGUCACUUGCUCUCGUAGCUGCUAAACAAGAAACUUCCAGAGAUUCUCUUAAGUUUUUUUUAAGAGAGACAUGGCACAAACUGGACUUAUGAUUUUUCUACUCAUAAGCAUACUACUGCUGGAUCAGACCAUCAGCCAGGCUUCCAAAUUCAAAACCAGGAAGCACAGCAAACGUAGAGUAAAAGAAAAAGAUGACCUAAAGACCCAGAUUGACAAAUUGUGGCGAGAAGUAAAUGCUCUGAAAGAAAUGCAAGCACUUCAGACAGUUUGUCUUCGUGGGACAAAGGCCCAUAAGAAGUGCUACCUCGUAUCAGAAGGCACCAAGCAUUUUCAUGAAGCCAACGAAGACUGCAUAGCCAAGGGAGGGACACUGGCUAUCCCAAGGAAUAACGAUGAAACAAACGCUCUUCGAGAUUAUGGCAAGAAAAGUAUGCCUAGAGUGUCUGAGUUUUGGUUGGGUGUCAAUGACAUGAUAAAUGAAGGGAAAUUUGUCGAUGUCAAUGGCAUGGCUCUACAGUACUUCAAUUGGGAUCGCGCCCAACCAAAUGGGGGGAAGCGUGAAAACUGUGUCUUUUUUUCUCAGUCAUCACAAGGCAAGUGGGUGGAUGAAGUCUGUCGUACUGCCAAAAGAUAUAUUUGUGAAUUUCUGAUCCCAUAAUUACAUAUACAAAUGACCAUGACUAUGUUUUGGGUUAUUAACAUGCAGUUUUGCUUGUUAGUAACACCUCCCACUUAGACAGUGGCGAGUUAAAAAUAUCCAUCUCCUACAUUGUACUCACUCUUUCCUGAAACAGAAGUUUUCUCUAUUAAUUUAUUUUCUAUUCCGAUGCUAAAAGUGUUAUGUUUAGUGAGUGCUCUCAUUAUGUAAAGGAAUAUAUUGUAAGUUUUGACCUACGUUGUUUCAUAUUUUGGCAUGUUAUUUCAGCCUGAUGUUCGUUGCUGGA